CAUCAAUCCAGUGCAGCAGCUCCCCGAGCAAAGCAUCAUCUUUGUCGCUUUCCCUAAGUCCACGUUCUCAGUAUGAACAAACUUGUGUUUUUGGCCUGCCUGGCUGUGGCUGCGGCACGUCCUGAUCUCAGUCGUCAGGCGUAUCGCUAUGAAGUCGGACAAAACGAUAAUGUGGUGACCACUUCCUAUCAGCCCACCGCCUCGGGCACCACCUACUUCAGCAGCUCAGGCCCAACGGUCGGACAAUUGAGCAGUGGCGGUGGCGGCAGCAACGGCGUCUUCUACAGCUCGGGUGGCAGCUCCGAUGGCAUUGCCUACACCUCGGGUGGCAGCAACAGCGGUGGCGGUGGCGGUGUUUCCUAUACUACGGGUGGCAGCAACAACGGUGGCGGCGUCUCUUACACCUCGGGUGGCAGCAACAACGGCGCUGGCGUUUCCUACACCACCGGCGGCAGCUCGAACUUUGGCAGCUACUCCACUGGCGGCGUUGUCAACGAUGUGAUCGGUCUGACUGGCAUUCACCCGGGACCCGAGAUCAACUACAAGGAACAGGAGGCGUACAUCAGCCACUUGGCCAACUUCCAGCCAGCGCAGGUGACAAAGCAUUUCUAUCUGCACACCGCACCCGAGGAUCAUGAUGAGCAGCAAAUUGUCCGCUACGUGAAUGUGGGCAGGCCCCAGAAGAACUAUCGUGUGGUGUUCAUCAAUGCGCCCGCAUCGACCACCAGCAAGGCCAAGAUCAUUGCCAACAUUGCGCCCGUCGAGGAGAAGACCGCCGUCUACGUGCUGUCCAAGAAAUCGAAUGCUCUCGAUGUCAGCGCCGAGGUGGUCACACAGCGUCCCGUCAACAACAAGCCUGAGGUCUACUUCAUCAAGUACAAGACACCCGAGGAGGCUGCUCACGCUCAGCAGACCAUUCAGGCCAACUAUGAUGCUCUUGGCGGCAGCUCUCAGACCAGCGAUGAGGGUAUUGUGCCCGUCUCCUCAGUCAUCAACAGCCUGGGCGACAACGGCGCCUCCGGUGUGCUCUCCGAUGCCAAUGGCGCCGUCAACAUUGUCGGCACUGGCGGUGUUCCAGUCGUGGAGUCCGGUGCCAGCAAUGUGCAGCUCGAUGUCACCGGCAGCAGCAGCAACACUCAGUCAUCGGCCACACAGAUCGGCGGAGGCGUUAGCAGCGGCUCGCUGGUGGGCAACAAUGUCAUCCAGACCACCUAUCUGCCCGCCAAGCCCAUCCGUUCGGUCAAGUACUAAACGCGAGAGACAACACACAACACUUCUUUGUCCUUAUCCUUUAACCAGCCCUUUAUCCCUGCCAACCACCAACUACGUGCUCGACUCGAUUGCUUCUAACUGAAUGAUCGCGAAGAAUCGUUCUUCUAGAAUUUGUUCAUGUAACUUUUGCGAUAUAUUUCUUAAAUCAUUUUUUUUUUCAACUAUUUUUUUUUU